AUGGACGUUUCAGAUUUGAGUGCAAGUUCAAUGGAGUACGAAAGCGGAAAUACAGAUGAAGAGGAAUUCAAUAUUUCGUCUGCCAACUAUAAUGCACCUCCUGAAGAUGAACAAAGUUGUGGAGACGAUGAUGUCGACGAAAGUAUGGAUGCAGAUGGUGUUGAUGUAGAAGAUGAUAAUGUAGAGCAAGAAGAAGAUGUUGACACUGAUAAUAUUCAGAGUGAUGUUGUGGAGGAGCCAACUGAUGACGAGAGAUUGGACUGUGGUUUUGUUGAUGAGGUCUUAGUUGGCGAUAAUUCUUCUUACGACUAUUACGGUGAUUCAGACUUGGAGACUAUAGAAGAACCUGUUAGAAGAAGACAUGUGAAAUCAGUUGGUAAGAAAAAGAAUGGAUCAGAGGAUGAAGAUGAGAGUGAUACGAGAAGAUAA